AUGUUAAAAAUAACUGAGAAAAGGCUAGAGAAAAGAUUGAAAAAACCAAUAAUUUAAAAAUAGGGAAAUAAAAAAAUAAAUAAAAAAUUAUUAAAAAAAAAAAACAAAAAAGCAAACAAAAAAAUAAUAAAAAAGGAAAAAGAGCCUAAAUAUUUUACAUUGAAUUUAAUUAAUUCUUUUAGUUAAAAAAUUAAAGCAAAAAAUUAAGAUAAAUAUUUUUCUUCUUCUUUCAACUGCAUAAUUAAAUCUGCAAAUGAAAACAUAUGUACUUACUAAUCAAUUAAUUAAUUUACUUAUUUCAAAUUUAUUAUUCUUAAUAUUAAACAAAUAAUCAAACAAAUUAUACAUAAUUUGAUUAUUCUACAUAUGCAUUACAUUCAUUCAUUCAUUUCUCAUACUUUAUGUUAACAAAUAUAGUUAUCCACUUGUUCAGCUCCAAAUUUAUCCUUCAGUUCUUAAUUUCAAAGAAAAAGACCAAAAGUGAAGAACCUCACAAUAUGCAAGAUCUCCGCAAUCCUUGAGAAGAUUCAGGAAAAUUCCUCUGCGAUUCCACAUUACAACUUUUAGAAACACAAGAUGAUUGUAUUUGACUUGGAAGAAGAUUUACAAAAAUUAAAAUUAACCUAAUAAGAUAUAUACACAUAGAAUAAUUUAGUCUCUAUUAAAGAAUUUCUAUACAAAAUAUAAAGUAAUUUGAAAUGCCCAGAUGAGUAUUUCGUAGCAGCAUUUUUGCUCAUUUUAAAGUAUUUGAGCCUUUCUUCAAUUUAAUUCACAGAAAACAACUGCUAAAGAUUGAUUGCCUGCGCCAUUAUGCUUAUAGAAAAAUAAUAUAGUGAUUAUAUAUUAUCACUCUACGCCUACUCUAGAGGAGUAAACAUACCUGUUAAAGAUUUAUAAGAAAUGGAAUUAUAAUUUUUGUCUACAAUAAACUGGGAAAUUAAUAUUAAAGAAGAAGAAUUUCAAGCUUUUUAAGAGUAUUUCAACACAAUAAGCGCAUGA